GGGAAUAAUGGUAGCUCAGUUUUUAAACACAAAUAAACAGAUAUUAGAAAAGCUGAAAAGGUAGUCACUUGAGGUCCUGCUAUACUCUCUCUUGAAUUUCACAUCCACAAGCACAUGCUCCUCUUUUCUUAUCUGGAACAGAAGGAAAUAAAAAAGGGUUACUUUCUUGUUAAAUAUUACCAUCAUGUUUCUGCAAUCUCAAUUAUCAAGUCUCAACUGAACCCAUCUUUUGGUUUCGUUCAUUGAUGGCUGGCUCCUGUCUAAUCUCCAGGUUAUUUUUGUCUUCAAGUCAAAGCUUGAGGCUUUUUCAGAAACCGUUCAAGGUGUUGGGUGUGAAUGAAAAGGUGCAAACUUUUGUCGCUUCUAAGAUGUCUUCGGUGGCCUGUUGAAAGAUGGUGUGAAUGUGCGUGCAGAUGAACAAUUUGUGAGGUGCUUGCUGGUGUUGGACUAUUGGGACUUGCAAUGGAAAAGAGGAAAUGGUUGUGGAAGAGGAAGUCUUCGGACAAAAGCCCUGGUGAAAGUGAGAGUUCAGGUUCUGUAUCUUCGCCUUCGGAGAGAUACUCCGAUGAUCCGGAGGUAUUCAAGUCAUCUCCUAAUCACAAUACUCAAUCACCCGAAGUCACAUCCAAGUCUAUGGCAUGUGCUGAAGACGUUAGUGAUGCUUCAUCAAAGAAGGAGGCUCAUGAUAGUGUAAAACGCCUAACAGAGAAGUUAUCAGCUGCUUUAGUUAAUGUUAGUGCCAAAGAAGAUUUGGUAAAGCAGCAUGCAAAAGUUGCAGAAGAAGCAGUUGCAGGUUGGGAGAAGGCGGAGAACGAGGUGAUUGUUCUAAAGCAACAACUUGAGUCUGCAAUUCAGCAAAACUCAGUCCUUGAAGAUCGGGUGAGCCAUCUUGAUGGGGCCCUUAAAGAACUAGUUCGGCAGCUAAGACAAGCAAGGGAUGAGCAGGGGCAAAAGAUCCAUGAAGCUGUGAUGACGAAAACCCAUGAGUGGGAAACAAUCAAACUCCAACUUGAGAGCCAGCUUCUUGAGAUCCAGAGCAACAUUGAUGCGAGUAAACCUGGAUCUUGUGCUAUUGUUGAUCCAGAUCUUUACCACAAACUUGAGUAUUUGGAGAAAGAGAACUCUGCUCUCAAACUUGAGCUCCAAUCGCAGUCUGAGGAGUUGGAAAUCAGGACGAUCGAGAGAGACUUGAGUACCCAAGCAGCUGAGACGGCCAGCAAGCAACAUUUAGAUGGCAUAAAGAAGGUGGCCAAGCUUGAGGCUGAGUGCCGGAGGCUCAGAUCAAUGCCUUGCAAAUCCUCCUCAGCUAAUGAUCAUAAAUCCACCACUGCCUCCUCAAUUUAUGUUGAAUCUCUCAUUGAUAGUCAGUCAGAGAAUGGCGAGAGGCUCAGCUUGGGAGAAAUUGAUACCCGCAAGAUGUGUAGCUCAGAUCCAAAUAAGUGUGAGCAUAGUUGCUCAGACUCAUGGGCAUCUGCCCUAAUUGCCGAGCUUGAUCAGUUCAAAAAUGAAAAGACUGCUAAAAGAAAUAUCCAAGCCUCUUCUGUUCAAAUGGAUCUUAUGGAUGAUUUUCUUGAGAUGGAGCGACUUGCUGCACUGCCCGAAACCAAGAAUGGAAUCCAUGGCCUUACACCAGUGGUUUCCCAUCAAUCCAUUGAUGAAGACAGCUCCCUGAGAACUGAACUUGAAACCAUGACUGGUCAGAUAGCUGAAUUAGAAGAGAAGUUAGGGAAGGCGGAAGCACAGAAAGCUGAAUUGGAGACUACUCUAAUCACAAGUCAAGAAGCUAUCGAGGCAUCCCAACUUCAGUUGAGGGAAGCAGAGGCACAGAAAGCUGAACUGGAGACUACUCUAAUCACAAGUCAAGAAGUUAUCGAGGCAUCCCAACUUCAGCUGAGGGAAGCAGAGCUGAAAUUGGAGGAGUUGCAAAUGGAACUAAAUAUUGCAAAAGAAACCAAGCAAGCCGUCGAGACUAGACUGAUUGACAUGGAAGCAGAAGCAAGGACCAUGCAUGCAAAAGUUGACUCUAUAGAAGUAGAGGUUAAAAAAGAGAGGGCAUUGUCCGAAGAAAUUGCAGUCCAGUGUCGGGAAUUAGAGGAAGAGCUAUCAAUGAAGAGGCACGAAAUUGAACUUCAGAAAACUGCAAGCUCUAAUGGUGAACUGAAGAUAAAGCAGGAGGAUCUAGCUGUAGCUGCUGGAAAACUUGCAGAGUGUCAGAAAACAAUAGCAUCUCUUGGGAAUCAACUGAAAUCUCUAGCAACACUGGAGGACUUCCUGAUUGACACUGCCAACAUACCAGAGCUUUCUGCAGGUGCAUCAGUGAAUCCUAAAGCUGAUGGAGAAUUGUGGAAUUUGCAUUGUAAUGAAACAUUUUCGCCUAAAAGAGACUCUGGUUCUUCACGAGUUGCUGAUGAGAUUUCUGGUCCUUCAAUAAACAAAAUUGAAGGGAACUCGCCACCAUCUUCGUCCUCAGAAACUUCAGCUGCUGCAUUGUCAAAUCAUGUCAGCUAUGAGAAGAACCGAAAUGGUUUUGCCAAGUUUUUCUCUCGUACUAAGAGUGGGAUACGAUUAGAAAUUUAGUGAGGAUGUACAAAACAAGGAUUAAUUGGUUUCUCAGUUGUAGAGAGGGAGAACUUAGGAUUAUUUUCUAUGUCAAAGGUGCUGAUUACAUGUUGUUUAACUGGCAGCAAAAGAGUUUCUUUUAUAUUAGUUUUUUGCACGAAAGAACUGGUUCAAUGCAAUAUGAAGUUUGUAGCAAA